ACUCAAGACGAGAAGCAGACGGACAGGAGGAAACGCGGCACACGAUAUUAAAACUAAACUUAGACAAUUAUCAACAUAACACUUAUUUCACUUUGUACCAGCAACAUCCGUAACAAUGAUGAACGGAGAAAUGAACGGUUUUCAUAACUCCUUUAUUGAGGAGGACUGCUUCUUGUUCACCUCGGAGUCGGUCGGAGAAGGACACCCCGAUAAAAUCUGUGACCAGAUCAGUGACGCAAUCCUAGACGCUCAUCUCAAGCAAGAUCCUGAUGCCAAAAUUGCAUGUGAGACUGUUGCCAAAACUGGGAUGAUCCUGCUGGCAGGAGAAGUGACAUCACGUGCAGUAGUGGACUAUCAGAAAGUUGUGCGUGACACAAUCCGCCAAAUUGGAUAUGAUGACUCUACAAAAGGGUUUGACUAUAAGACCUGCAAYGUGCUUGUGGCCUUGGAGCAGCAGUCUCCUGAUAUUGCUCAAGGUGUUCACAUUGACCGUAAUGAGGAGGACAUUGGAGCUGGGGACCAGGGCUUGAUGUUUGGAUAUGCAACCGAUGAGACCGAAGAGGGCAUGCCGCUCACAAUUAUCCUUGCCCACAAGCUGAAUGCUAAGAUGGCUGAAAUGCGACGAAACGGGACCCUCCCAUGGCUCCGGCCAGACUCAAAAACACAAGUGACUGUGCAGUAUCGCCAGGACCGUGGUGCUAUGCUCCCUGUGCGAGUGCACACAAUUGUCAUUUCUGUUCAGCACGAUGAGGAAAUCUGCCUUGAGGAGAUGAGGGAUGCGCUGAAGGAGAAAGUUAUCAAGUCUGUUGUUCCUUCGGUAUAUUUGGACGAUGACACCAUUUACCAUUUGCAGCCUAGUGGGCGGUUUGUCAUUGGUGGCCCUCAGGGAGAUGCUGGUCUCACUGGACGUAAAAUCAUUGUAGACACCUACGGAGGCUGGGGAGCCCAUGGUGGUGGAGCUUUCUCUGGGAAGGAUUACACAAAGGUAGAUCGCUCUGCUGCCUAUGCCGCACGCUGGGUGGCCAAGUCUCUGGUGAAGGCUGGGCUCUGCAGAAGAGUGCUGGUUCAGGUGUCCUAUGCCAUCGGAGUUGCCCACCCACUCUCCAUUUCUAUCUUCCACUACGGGACGUCCCAAAAGAGUGAGCGUGAACUGCUUGACAUUGUGAGGAAGAACUUUGACCUCCGUCCCGGAGUCAUUGUCAGGGAGCUGGAUCUGAAGAAGCCCAUUUAUCAGAGGACCGCAGCCUAUGGCCACUUUGGCCGAGACGCCUUCCGAUGGGAGGUGCCGAAAAAGCUCAAAUACUAAACCUGUUAAGCUUUUCCCCCCAGGCUUGUUGGUGUAUACUACAGAGAAGCCUCCAAGUUUCCAGGGGUGAAAUGCAGUUCUCUCUUCUCUUCUCACUCUUUCUCUCCCUCUCUCAAAUAUGACACAUGACUCCAUCCCUGACUCCACCUCCAUCCUUGUCGUUACUGUUUUUCUGCUGGUUGCGCAACUGCUGGGUCCUAGAAGGCAUGCCUCAGAAGCUUGAUGCAUUAAAUUGGGUGGAUUCCACGAACUUGUGCCUGAUGUGACUUCAUGUUCUCCAGGCUAGCCGUUUUCCUGCUUCUUUUGUCAUAGUCAGUAGCUGCAUUCAUUUGUUCUCUUUGGCAUUUCACUCCUGUCAGUGUCGUAAGUCUUCAACUUGAUGUCACUGCGGUAGCAUAUUUGGCAAUAUGCGAUACCCCUCUUAAUUUUCUGGUGCUAUUGAAAAUAAGGAGUAAAUGUUAGAUCUAAUAUUUUGGAAGUCUGUCUAAAUGUGUAAUGUCAUAGUUGCAGUUUCCCGCCACUGUCCCCUGAAGUUAAGUUUCGUUAUGAACAUUCCUCCCUUUUCUUGUCUGGUACAAGUACUCCUUGUUCUGGUGGUCUUUGUCUUUUUGGCUUUAUUUACUCGUCUUUAAGGAGAAUGGUAGAAAGGCACAAAUAAAAUUCAAGGGUUAUUGCUGUCUUUACUAAAAUGCUAUGCAUUGCAGGCUAAGGGGCAAGCCAAAUCCUAAUUAUACAAGCUUGAAUGAGCAUAAGGCCUCAUGUGCCCUACAGACCUUUGCUGUUUUCUGACGUAAUACAGAAAAGUCAGAAGCUGCUAAAUCACUGCUCUGGUCUGCAGAGGGUAUUGGAUUAUACUUGAUGGUGAUGGGAAAAAUUUGCUUGUUUAUGCAUUGAAACUCAAUUUUAAAUAAGGUAUUUUUUAAAACCUUUCCCUCGUUUUUAUGUAGUUUUGAAAUGACAGGAUAACCUGUGCUCCUUAAGUUAAUUGAUGUCAGGUGUAGCUACAGAGAAACCUGAUUCCCAUCUUUAUCUUAAGUGAGUGCUUUUUGCCACAGCGUUUUAUUGACUAGGAAUGAAACCACAACACUAUUUAUUUGUUCUCUGAAACUCGGCRUGGAUACAGAGAAGCUGACGUUUCAGAAGGCAGCUUUAAACAGACUUGGUUAUUGAAUCGUGAAUUCCUUUUGACUUGAUAUUUUCAGUGUUUGGCUUGAGGCCCCAGAGUGUUGUACAGAAAAGCUCGGGUGUGCCUCAAGGAAGUGUCGCUGACAGUUGUAAAAGACUUGCAAUUUUUGUUUUUGGUUUAGARUUUUUCUUUUUGGGGAGGGGCGGUUUGUUUUAAAAACCAAUUAAAUACCUGGUGCAAUUCUUAAGCUCUUACCUAUCCUCAUUAAUGUGGUGGCAACAUUUGGCUGGUGUUGUACAGAGAAACCAGCCUGGUUUACGCAGCCGUCUCAUUAGUUGGAUAGUUUGAAAUUUUUUUUGGUUUUGUUCCCCUUUACCACUCCGAGGUCAUCCCAUGGGGUACAGUAAGUGUGAGAGUGCCUUUUCUUUUCCCUCUUUGUCUCGUUUUUUGCUUCUUUCCUUUCUCACCAACAUACAUUCAACUUCCAGAGAAACAAGUAGCUUCUACUGUAACUGCUUCAUGUCUAGACUGGGUAGUUUUCCUGAUGCUAUGUAAUAAAAGGUAAUAAAAGGAAAAUUACUCAUUUCAAA